AUGUCGCCGCCUCGCCGCCGCUCGGCCCGGUUGGCCAGCGCGUCAACGCCAAAGCCCAAGAAGGUAUCUCAACUAUCGUCGCUUACCGAGCGCGAUGAGACGCCGGAAGAGGUGGAAUCGACGAGCCGCGAUGGCGUCGCCGCCUCGCCACACCCUCAACCUGCCACACCUGCCUCGUCCGCUCUGAAGCCUCCCAUGUCCGAAAUGCACCCAGCAAGCGCUGCUCACAUGGAGGAGUUUAAAAAGAUGGAUUCGAUUGAGGGUCAUGCCUCUGCCUUCCGUGCUCAACCCGGUCGCUUCACGCCUGUCAAGAAGUCUCUGAAGCGCACCUCUUCCAAGGCGAACCUGGAAGACACUCCCAAGUCGACCCUCCACCGGUCGCCCUCCAAGAACGACCUCCAGAGCACCCCGAGCCAGGCCGUCUCUGGCCUCAAACGCACCUCCUCGAAGGCCAACCUGGACGAACGCACUGAGAAGCAGCCUCUCGGCACUACACCCUCGAAGCUGCGUGCCUUUGCGCCUCAGCCUCAACCCUCACCCUCCCCGGUUAAGCGUGUUCGACAGCAGAUUGAAGAUGACGCGUCCAGCCGCCGACCAAUCUCCAGGGAUGGAAGCUCUCUCCCUCGCCCCACGUCUAGCAGUAACGCCUCGGCUAGUCUGGCGCGUUCAAGCAGCACUUUGACUUCAACGACGAGCCCCGGCAAGGCCACGGCGGCCCGGACGGGUCUCCCUAAGAUAUCCCAGCCUGCUCUGACCAAGUCCCCAAGCAAGGCAUCUCUCAGUGGCCUGACACAAUUCGAGCGUGUCAAGUCGAUUUUGCGCGGUGGCAAAUCGCCCGCUCAGCCUGCAAAGAGUGCAAUUCCUCAGCCUUUCGCUGGUGUUUCGCAGACACCUGGUCCCCGAAUCCUCGACAAGCCGCUCCCGGCUGUACCUUUUACCACGCCGCGCAGGAAGCUAUUCAAGCGGGUCGAAUUUACGCCCGAUAGCAAGGACACCCCAAGCAAGAGUCGCGGCGAGGUCAGCUACCCCAAUCUCGAUGCUAUUCUGAGCCGUAUGAACGAGCCCGAGAGUCGUGGCGCUGCCGGAGAGAUCAAGAGCCCGCUGCCAGCCUCUCCCAACAAGAGAGAAGAAAAGGCUUCUGAGGUUCCUACUGUUCCUGGCGCUUUCACGUUCCGUAGCGAACGCACUGCUCGCUUCGGUACUGGAUCUCCUGCCGGCUUCGGCUCUUCGCCUGGACAGCUCAGUGUCCGACAGGUUCGAGCCUCGAUCACUCCAGUCGAGGAAAUGCCCGGUAGUUUCCCAGAAACCGCCGACCUUCCACGGGCCACUCAUACCAGCAAGACACCGGUCAAGUCCAUGACGGCUGGCAUCAAGCACGGUCUAACCAACGAAAAGCGAGCGCGCACCAACACAGAGCCAUUCGUAUUGAAUAAGGAAGGCACCACACCAGCUAAAAUCGUCUUCGAAGGUGUACCGCACGGCCUGCCCAACGAGAAGCGGGCUCGCACGCACGUCGAGCCUUCUCACCCAAACAAGGAGAACAAAUCGCCCGUCAAGAUCCUCACUGGAGUUGCCCAUGGCCUUGCCAACAAGAAGCGUGCCAGGGCCACCGAAGAUGAUGAACCUGAUGUCGACCAGGAGGGUGCCGACCGUGGUGGUAAGAGGCGCAAGGCUGAACCUGCACCCCACGCUCGUGUUUUGGGCACUCCCAAACUGGCGCGCAGCACCCCGAUUCCCAGUCCUCAAAAGGUGUCGGCGGGAACGCCCAGCCCUGUCAAGAAGCGGGCUGGCAUCAGCAUGAGCCGUUUGCACAUGCUUUCUCAGCCCAAGCUGCGUCGCUGA